CUAUUAAGGCUUUUAGGGCAGUAGAGGGAUUGCAAGCAGAUUAGAAAUGUGCACAGGUGUUGUGCUGUAGACUGCGAGGGACUAUGUGGGCCAGUACCAUGAAGCAGUGAGCCGCCAGACAACCUGCCUGGAUGCAUAUUUUCACUUGGCCCGAGUCAAAACCAAGACCAAACAGCCUCUGGUGGUGGGCCCUGACUAUGAGGACAUAGAGGCUGAAAUCGAUAAAGAACUAGAGGAGGACGAAAAGAGGCAAAGAAUAAAACAGAGUGAGAGAAGACAGGAGGGGAGGAGAGGAAGUGAAACAGAAGAGGUGGAGGAGGAGGAGAGAUGGCCAUCACCUAUGGAGCCUUUUGAGUACGACUCAGACAGAGACAGUCCAUAUAAGUUUUCACCUGUGGCCCCUCCUCCUCCAAUGCUGGAUGAUGAAACAGAUGAAGAGAAGAAGUACAUCCUGGAGAAGAUCCAGCAGGCCAAUCGAGAGCUGCGGGACCAGGAAGCUCCAGAUGUGAUGCGGCGCAGGCGGCUUCACUUCAAAGACAAGCUGGUGGACCUGGUGGUACCUCCGCUGGAGUUUGAGCAAGAUGGCAAUGGAAGGUUGGAGGGACGGGAGGGCAGAGCUGAGGAUGCAGAGGCAGAGAGGGAGGUUUCAGGGAAGCUGUCUGAGCUAAAAAUUUCCCCACGCGAGCACAGCAUAGGAGGUGGGAACCACCUGGGAGGAGGCUCGAGCAGGGUUGGAGGUGGGGAUAUCAGCCAAGGAGGGCAGGGAGGAAAGGAGGGCCGAGUCCUUGUAGAGAAAGAUGGCAAGUUUGACCUGGUGAGUCUGAAGGAGGUGGAGAGUCAAGGUCUGCUGCCUCCCCUAGCCAGCAACCACUUUGACAGUUCCCGCUCCUCUUCUCGGCCUCAAGAACUGACUUUGAGUUCCAGUAAGAUCAGUAAGAACAGUUCCUCCUCCAUCUCCCAUCAUCCCCAUGAGAAGGAUCAUCUCCGUGCCCCCAGGCCUCCAGCUCAGAAGCGGCCCAACUCAGCUAGCCACAGCCAGAGAGGCAGCCAGAGGAGGGGCACCAAGCGCCGGGUGCAGUCGGCCACUGGGACACCCAACCAGGCUACCUACACGCUCUCCCCACGGCAGAAGGAGCUCCUGCAGAAAAUCCAAGAGAGGAAGGAGAAGCUGGCUAGAGAGGCAGAGCAGAGGAAGCGUGAGGAAGAAGAGCAGAAGAGGCAGGAGAAUGAGGUGGCUUUCAAGGCAUGGCUGAUGAGGAAGAGAGACCAGCUUCAGGAGGAGAGAAGGAUCCAGCGAGCCCAGGAGAUGGAACGGAUGAAUUGCAAGCGAGAGGCCAGUGACCCAGAGGAGGCCUUCAAGUUGUGGCUGCAGAGGAAGCAGGAGCAGCAGCAGAGAGAGAGACAGCUGGAGCAGAUGAAGAGGCUGGAGGAGGAGAGCGGCUACCUCUUACAUAACCAAGAGGAGUGUGAACGCGCCUUCAAACUGUGGCUGAAGCGAAAGCGCGCAGAGAAGCGAGCGGAGCAGCAGGCGGCUCGAGAGCACUCCCGCAGGCUGGUGCUGGAGGAGCGGCGUGCGCGACGCAUGCAGGACCUGCUGUGCACCGUGAACGAGGCCAAGGCCUUCAGAUUCACUGAAAACCUGGCCUACCGCUUCUGAACCAACCAAACCCAACAUGCCCUCUGAAUUCAUUCAGGAUCACCCAGUACAGACCUCAUGAAAACCAUUUCCAUUUUGCUGCUAUGGAUCUCACGGGACAAUAACAUAACAACACUGGACCAUCAAACCAAUGGUGUGGCUUGCUUCACUGUAAGGGGAUAUUUUGGGCGGUGGCUGCAGCUCUGUGUCUAGCUGACAAGUGUUUUUGUAAUAAUUCCCACCUGGAGGUUCUUCUGAAGUUUGGAUUUCUUUAUCACAUUUCUGUACUGUGUGAAAAAGCCUUGCUACAAAGGAGUUUACAGCAGUUAUCUCUGCUUGGUGUGAAUAUUCUUGAGUGAAAGAUGCGAUAUUGAGUUAUGGUGUGAUACAAUGUAUUCUGAGCAAAAGAUUUUUUUUUAUUAUAUCAACAUAUCUGUAGGGGCAGAUGCACUUUACCUUGUUGAAAUCGAGCUCAUCACAAACUGCAGUCUGAGUGUGAGAGCCAAAUUUCAGUACUGUAUGCCUUUUGUUGGAGUGUUUGCUUACAUAGGUCUAAGCUACAUUAGAUUUUACAACAGAUGAUGUGAACAUAUAAUAAAUAUUCUUACCAAAAUAUCUAUCUAUGUAUAUAAAAUGAAAUACAUUUAAAAAGAGCAUAUUGUUGUUUAAUCAUGUAAGAAACAUGAUAUGAAAAAGACAACAGGGUUGUUUACCAAUUCAUAUCAUAUCAAACACACUGUACUUCACACAAAAGGAAUGUUUAAUUUUGUGUUGAACCAGUAAAAACAAUAAAUAAAGCAAAAUACACCAUUAAACAUGGAUAUGCAAUAUUAUACUUUUAAUUUAUAGGCAUGUACAAAUAAAUCAUUUAGUGUGCUACAGCAUUUCAUACUUAAAUAUCAGUGAAACAAAAGCAAAAGUGGCCUCUCCAUUACACACCAAUACCUACAACAACAACUGGAUUAAGGUCCUUUUUAACAGUUUGAAUCAGUG